UCUACCCGAAAACAAACUGUUCUAUGUUCAAACUUGAAUGGAUUAUAACGAAUUUCCUAGUAGCAUCUCCUCCCGGCAUCGACGACGAUUUUUAAAAUUCCGUCGUAACUGAGGAAAAAUACAAAACUUUUCUAUUUUCACAUUUUUUUUUAUUCUCAAAUUAAUAUAUUAAAAUUUCAGUGUAGAUUAUUUGUUAAUUGUUUGUUACUCGUCAAAAUUAUGUCUGACUUAUUUAACCAAGCCCAAAAGGAUAUGCAAAUCCUGACCCAAACGUAUGUCCACGAAUUGACACAAAUCUGGAAGAAAAUAUUUGACGAAAAUGCGUGCAAGGAAAACAUCGCCAAACUUGAGGAGCACACAAAGAACUACUUCGAGGAUCUUGUGCUAGAGUCCAUGGAGAAGCAGGAACAAAUCGAGAAAGAAAUCUUGGAUCUACGAUCAGAGGCGGAAAAUCUUCAACGUCUACUCAAGGUUGAUAUAAACCUGAAGCCGUCCGAAGAUGUUCCGUUACUGGUGCUUCAGUCGGAACUCGAUGAAAGUCUCACCGAGCUCCGUGAAACUCUGCGUCUUCGCAGAGAACAGAUUUUCGAGCUUCUCCUCGAGCAGGACACCCUUUGCAGUGAGUUGGGCGAAGAGCCACGAUCUCUGGUUGCUGACCCCUUGCCAUCGGAGGAGGAACUUCAGGAGUUUCGCCAGCACUUAGAGGUACUUAAGGAAGAAAAAGUUGACCGUUUGAACAGAGUUUCCACCAUGCGCCGCGAAAUCAAAAACUACCUCCAGAUCCUCGAAGUGAAGAUGUUCUCCGAGAAUGACGAUCGCCUUCUAAACCACCGCCAAAUCAAGCUCAGUAAAGAAACCUUCGAUGGACUCAAAGAGAUGCACGCUCGCUAUCGCGAUCAGGUCUUGGAACUUGAGGACACCAUCCAUGGCAUGAAGCGAAAACUAAAUUCCCUGUGGGACAGAUUGGACACUAGUCCAGCGACUAGAAACAAGUUCAGUCGAUACACAGAUUACUCCCAAUCCACAGCCGAUAUUCUCCACAAAGAAGUCAACCGUUGCGAGCUUCUGAAGAAGCAGAACAUUAAGCUCUUUGUGGAGCAAAUCCGCAAAGAAAUCCUGGAAUGGUGGGAUAAGUGCAUGAAGUCCGAUGUCCAACGUAGUCGCUUCUCGAACUUCUACAGCGACUGCUUCACUGACGAUUUGCUCAUUCUGCACGAAAUGGAAUUGGAGGACCUCAAGACGUUCUAUCAGCAAAACGAAAAGAUUUUCCAGUUAUUCGAAGACCGCCGAAUUCUGUGGGAACGAAUGACUGCUCUCGAACAGAAAGCAUCUGAACCAGGACGCUACAAUAAUCGCGGAGGACAACUGCUCAAGGAGGAGAAGGAGCGAAAGACAAUUGCAAGCAAGUUGCCCAAAAUCGAAGCACUCCUCACAGAACUCGUCCAAGCCUAUGAAGAGAAGGAACACAAGAAUUUCCUCAUCUACGGAGAGAAUAUCCUCGAUUUGAUAUCUCGCGAUUGGGAAAAGAAAAAGAUGGAGAAGGAGAAGCUGAGCAGUGCGAGGAAGAAUCCCCAGACCCCAGUGGCCACUCGUACCCCGAUGUCGAUCAGGAACUGCCAGAUGUCGGCGUCUUCCAUAAUGAAGAGAACCCCAUCAACCACAAAUAUAUCAUCGGCUGUUAGUUCGAAUAAGCGAAAGCUUGGUCCAACCGAUCGCCAGGCUCCAUCGGCCAAACGGAGUCUCUUGAAUGUUCUCAGCAGUCCCAGUGUCUUCGGCUAUUCGACCUCGAAUAACACGAAAACACCUUUCAAAUCACCUUUUAAGAAAAAUCGAGUACUCGCGACGACCAUCCGCAGAAGAUCAGCCCGUCAAAGUGGAAGUGCCAAGAAACGACGAUCAUCAUCGCGCCAGCAGCCAAAGGGCGCACCCAAAAUAACCGUCACAGAGAGUUCCGACCUAUCCGACGCAGACAACUACGAACACUUCCAAAAGUGUAUCGAACCAGCAGCCCGUUCCUCCAUCAUGCCAACAUCCUCGGCGUCAGGGAGCAGCAGCAGUCGACUGCGCAAACCAGCCACCAGCAAGGAAAACAUCAGACUCCCAAACCCUCGGCUAGCGCGAGUGCCUUCAAAGAUGAACCUAAUGGACACGAUGUCCAAGUCUCCAGCCAUGAUGCAUCACACAUCCCACUCGCCCUCGACGACCUCCAGCAGCAGUAGAAAACUGACCACAAAAAACCUCCCAAUUCUCAUUUAGUAUUGGUUGAAUUUGAAUUGGAUGCAGCACAAAAAUAAAAUGUACAACAUUUGAAAUUAUCUAAGUUUAGUUAAUUUAAGUCGCUUAUAUUAUAAUAUAUUUUAUGUUUUUUCUUUUAGUUUCUUUCUGUUUGUAAUAAUAUUAUAAUGGUAGUGGAUUGUGUCUAUUAAACAAUUUAGUGUGUAGUUUUUGUUUUGCCUUAUUUUUUGCAAUGACAAUUGUUUAUAAUUAUUAUUACUAAAAAAAGAGAUCAAUAAUAAAAAAAAUAAAUUCAUUGUUUACUUUGAAAUGG